UCUCCUGUGCGCAGUAACGCCAAGCGUGCGCGUGGAGCGACAUCAAAAGCGCGCUGGAGUAACACGAGCUGUUCAAGUACGACUCAUCUGCGGUCAGAUAAAGUCACUUUGACGGGCUCUUCUCGUGGGUCAGCGCCAGCUGUGACUUUAUACACCUCUGAAGUGUGUCCAUACCAGGAGCGAAGAAAGUGGCGUUCGCUCGUCACAGCCGGAGGUAAAUUGUAUAUUUGGAGUCUUUUUAACAUUUCGCGUUGGUCAUUUCUUGGCUCUCCCCUCGCAUCUAUCAGAGAUAUAACAAUACGCAUGCCACGCGUGUUUGGGUCCGCGUUGGUGAUGCCAUGCCCCGCAACCACAGCGGAGAUGAGGUCGGCUCCGGCCUCUGGAUGAACACCUCUCCGGGGCACCACGCCGAAAGUUACGGAUUGCAUAAUGUGGAAUGUGGUAAUAAGAUGAAGAACAAUUGUUCACGGCCGGGGGACGGACUGUUGUCCGCGUCUCAUGCCGGCACAGAUGCACCGGGCACGGAAAGAGACCGGGGGAAGCAGGGCGCUCGGCUGAGUCUGCUCGGGAAGCCUCUGGUGUACGGCGCGCAAAGCGGCCGGAGAAACGCGCGCUACCGGAGGAUUCAGAACUACCUGUACAACGUGCUGGAGAGACCAAUAUCCUGGGCUUUUAUCUACCACGCCUUUGUGUUUGUCCUAGUGUUUGGCUGCUUGGUGCUGUCUGUCUUCUCUACCAUUCCAGAUCACCAGGAAAUGGCCUCUCGAAGUCUCCUGAUCUUGGAGUUUGUUAUGAUUGUGGUGUUUGGGCUCGAGUACAUCAUUCGAAUCUGGUCUGCUGGCUGUUGUUGCCGUUACAGAGGAUGGCAGGGGCGACUUCGCUUCGCAAGGAAGCCGUUCUGUGUCAUAGACAUUAUAGUGCUUAUUGCCUCUGUUGCGGUGGUUUCAGUUGGGAGUCAAAGCAACAUUUUUGCAACAUCUGCACUGCGAAGCUUAAGGUUUUUACAGAUCUUGCGAAUGGUACGCAUGGACCGCCGUGGAGGAACUUGGAAGCUUCUGGGAUCUGUAGUUUAUGCACACAGCAAGGAAUUGGUCACUGCCUGGUACAUUGGGUUCCUUGUGCUCAUCUUUUCCUCUUUCCUGGUUUAUCUGGUGGAAAAGGAGUGCAAUAAAGACUUUGCCACCUAUGCGGAUGCAUUGUGGUGGGGCACGAUCACCCUCACUACUAUAGGUUAUGGAGAUAAGACUCCUAAAACCUGGACUGGACGAAUGCUAUCUGCUGGCUUUGCCCUGCUUGGGAUCUCCUUCUUCACCCUGCCUGCGGGUAUUUUGGGUUCAGGUUUUGCCCUGAAGGUUCAAGAACAGCACAGACAGAAGCACUUUGAGAAGAGAAGGAAUCCUGCUGCCUGCCUUAUACAGGCUGCGUGGCGAUAUUACUCCACUGAUGGUAAUCGUCCUUACCUUGAGGCCACUUGGCGUCACUAUGAGUCUACAAUCCUUGUCCUGAGGAAGGAUCAAGGAGAGUCAUCUACAAGUCAGAAACUGAGUUUUAAGGACCGGGUAAGAAUGGCAAGCCCACGUGGACAGAGCAUUAAAAGCAGGCAGAUAUCUGUUACAGACAGACGUUCGCCCGGAGCUGAGAUCAGCACUGAUGGAUCGAGUCCUGCCAAGGUCCAGAAGAGUUGGAGUUUUAAUGAUCGCACCCGAUUCAGACCCUCCCUCCGUCUCAAGAGCCAAUCACGGUCCACCCCUGAAGGUGAGGCUAACGUUGGUGUGGAUGAGGCUUUUGAUGAGAAAGGGUGUCAUUGUGACAUGUCAGCAGAGGAUCUGCCGCCUGCACUGAAGACCAUCAUCAGAGCAGUGAGGAUCAUGAAAUUCCAUGUGGCGAAGAAGAAGUUUAAGGAAACUCUGCGCCCAUAUGACGUAAAGGAUGUAAUAGAGCAAUAUUCAGCCGGUCAUCUAGACAUGCUCUGUCGAAUUAAGAGUCUGCAAACCAGGGUGGAUCAGAUUCUUGGUAGGGGCCAGAUGCAUAUGGAUAAAAAGGUCAGAGAAAAGCUAUUAUCUGACGGAGACAUUCUGGAAGACGUGAGCAUGCUGGGAAGGGUGUGUAAGGUAGAAAGACAAGUACAGUCUAUUAAAGCUAAGCUGGACUCUUUGCUGGACAUCUACCGGCAGGUUCUGCAGAAGGGUUCUUCUUCUGCCCUCACUCUCUCCUCUCUCCCUCCUUUUGGGUUGGAGGAUACCUGUGACUAUCAGAGUACCAUCCUCAGUAAGGAUAUCUCUUGCUCCUCCCAGGUCAGCCAUUCCAUCUGUGGUAAUCACCCCAGAGCCCUCCAAUUAAUAUUAGCCCCCAAAGAACUCAACCUCAACCAGAACAACUCCACAGCAUCAUCUCCUGGGCUCAAUCCAGCCUCUGCCUCACCUUUUAACCCAUCAACCUUCCACGUUCCUUCAACCCCUUCCUUGGAGUGUCCAUCAGCACAAGUGAGUCCUUCUCAAAUCCUCAGCGUCAGCAGUUUUCACUCUUCUGUAGGCCACUUUCCAUGUGUCCGUCAACCACCUCCUCCUCUUCCAUCCCCGGCCUCUUCAAAACUUCACCUUUUUUCUGUUCCUCCACAAACAGGCCACGUUCGCAGCAUGGGACCAUGUAGGUCAGACCCCACCGACUACUCCAAAUCCUGCUUCAGAGGAGUUGGUAUAGACUUUGGGCUUAACUCUAAUAUUAGCUGCAAGCUUCAACAAAAAACCAGACCCAGUGCUAAAGAGGACAGUUCUUGGAGGAGACAUAUAAGCAUGGAUGCAGAGAUGGACCCUCUUGCUCCAGUCUCUCCUUUUGCCCCGAUUCAAGGCCAGUCCAGUGGGGAUAUAGGACUGGGGAAGUCCUUCUCUGUACAGUACCUCAUGCAGCCUGCUCUGGAAGGUCUUGGUGUGGACACACAUUCUAGUCAGGCUAGUUUCUCCACCAGUGUUAGCAGCAGCCAGGACUCUUCAGCUGGGGGAAUUGAGAUGGGAGUAGGGGCCUGGGGAGAAGCUGAUCUCUUCAUCAGCGAUAGAGACCUUGAGAUCUCAAAUAAGACACAUACUCAAGGGUUCAACUUUCUCUCCCAGACCCCCAUUGAUGCAUCCUACUCCUCCGAGCUGCUUAGGACAAGUAGUACUGCUGGUGCUAGUCACAACCUAGCAAGUGGACAUACACCCAAUACGGGCAGCAAUGAGACUAUGAACAUGCCACAUGUUCGACUAAAAUAAUGCAAUAUCUAAUGUGUUACAAACUCUUAAGCCCAGUUCACACCAAGAACGAUAACUAUAAAGAUAACGAUAUUAGCGUCCA